GUGAUAAUGUAUUUACAAGAAUUAAAAAAAAAAUUCAAGAAACAUUUGAUCUUGAAGAAUUAAAAGAAGAUGAAAGAAUGAUUAUUAGAUAUAAUGAAAUCAAAACUGGAAUUGAAGAAGAAACUAAAAUCAAUUGA